AGCACCGCCGUGCCCAGCGCCGCAGCCGGGCGGGCGGAGCGGCCCCGGCCGGGCCCGACGCUGCCGCUGCCGGGAGCUCCGUGAGGGAGCGCCGCCCCCGCUGCCAUGGCCGCCCGGAGAGUCUGGAGUAUGUGAGGGGCUGCCUGAGGAAUCACUUAUAUUUUAAUUUCUGCUUCAUCAGAUGCUCCUGCCCUGCCCUGUGCCUCCAGGAGUGUGACCCCCCCAGUGCUGGGGCAGCCCACAGCUGAGAUGGUGGCCUUUAACUGGAAGGCUCUGGAGAGCUUCCCACUGCUGAUGUACAUUUUGGCAGCUAAAACAUUGAUCCUUUGCUUGGCCUUUGCUGGAGUCAAAAUGUACCAGAGCAAGAAAAUUGAGGAGAAACUGAAGAGGGAACGUGAGCAGAGACUGAAAGCAGAAGCAGAGAAGAAGGAUGAGUGAAGAGUUCCUCAGGUGUGGAAGGGAUCCCAGCUCCUUGGCUUGGACAUUGGGAAUCCCAGUGGGAUUGGUUUGGAGUGUGCAAUUGGCCCUGAGCUCUUGGGAUGUUUGGGAUGGUUCAGGGGAUUUGCUCUCUCGUUCUUUGUGGGACUUGCAUGAGCCACUGUCCUGUGUGAGGAGCUUUUAGCACAAUUUUCCCUCUCUGCUUUUGUCUCCCUGGGUUUUUGUGCCUGAUGCUCAAAGAGAGGGAUAAAUUGGGAAUAACUGCAGGGGAGCAGGCAGGCAGGAUGCUGCAGUCAGAGCUCUGGGCCUGAAGUCACAAAAUAAAGAGAGAAAAUAAUCA